AUCGACCCGUAUACUAGGUUCGAGAAAAGGUAGAGGGUCGGUGUGAUGAUGCUCAUGAUGUAUUCAGGAUGAUGUAAAAAUCAUUUUUGUUGAAAGUUAGACGUUGGAUGCUGACUGAAGUGACAUUUGAUGAGAUUUCUUGAGAGCUGAGAUCUGACUAUCCCUGUGUUUCUAGACUUUGUGUAGUUUCAUCAUGUAGCAGUUAUCUUGUUACUUUCUUAAAAAGUUGGCUCACAGCCUUCGUAGUCAUACAACAGUGGGGAAAAUCUCAUGAAGAACAAAUCCCCUCUGCCCUAUUUGUACUGAUAUGAUUGUCAAGAUGGAUUUUUUGAUCUUGGUCUUGAAAUGAUGGAUUUGAAGGAGGAGGAGGAGGUGGGGCCACCUGCAAGUUACCCCAGCCCUCUUACCAGCCCCACCCCUCCUAAACCUCUCGCCCCAUUCCAGUUAUUUUUUCACCACAAUGGACUGGAGUCGUACCUCAAGUAUUUCCCGAAUGAUUUCACCCUUGGUCAUUUCCGUGCCCUGACGGAGGAUGAUUUGGAAGAUGAUUAUGGAGUGCAGAAGCUGCCGGAUAGGAUCAAGUUGAUGAGAGCUGUGCACAAGUCGAGAGAGGAGUAUGAUGAUAGAGAGAGGGAUCUGGAUAGGCGGUCACAUCAUGGUGGAGGAGAGUCAGAAGGAGAGGAACACACAAAAAAGGAAACUAUCAAAUAAUGCCUUUGGAUUACCAAAAGAAAUCAAAUUUCUUUUGAAGGAAUAAUACAUACAUGUAAAUAUACAUAAUUACAUAAGAUAUACAUAAUUCUAUAUCAAGAAGAAAAGCAAAAGACAAAUGAAGAGAUCAUUCAUAUAAAACAAGUAUACAUGUAUGUUGG